GUCACUCAAAUACAAAACAAGUGUCUUUCGGCGUGAUAAGAACCGCAAUCAAACGAUUUCAUUAUUUGGUGGAACAAUUGCAAGCUCCAAAACUAUGUCAUAGGAGGAACCAGCAGACAGGCAGUCAGUGUGGAACCAACAACAUGCAGAAGCAAGAGGAGGUGCUGUCGCGCCUGCGUCCAAUAUUCGACAUAUUUUUACGCGAGAACUUUUCCACUACGAACAAUGUUUACUUUGAGAAGCUCCUCACGCACUUGCAGGCCAAGGAGAAUGCGUUUGUGCUGCAGGCCCCGUUUGUUGCGGACUGGGUGGACCGGUGCCUCACUGCAGUGACUGAGGACGUCAACAAGAUACACCCAAAGGUGGUGUCCUUCAUGCUGAAUCUGACCAGUUAUUUGGCGCAAAACGAGUGGAUGAUUGUGCGCCUAAGAGAGCUGGACAUAGUGAACAGAGCUGUUAAACUGCUGCAGGGAAACCACAAUUUCAAUCCCUCCAUAAAGUUGGGUGGAAUUCGUAUGAUGAAGGCCAUCACCGUUUACAGCAUGGGCCUGGCCUUCCUUCGCAUGCAUCGCAUCUGGACUCUGCUGAUCCAGUUUUCAAAUAACGAUCACACCCUAUAUGUGGUACGGGAAGCCCGCCAGGUGCUCUACAACAUGCUGUACAAGUCCUGUGAUAAGCUGCACGACAAGGCCGUAACGCUGGAGAUUCUCGCAGAGAUCAUGCAGCCGAUCCACGACAAUCUUUACAAGAACACCGAGGGUGUGGAACGCAUCCAAAUUAAAGUGGACGACAACGAGCUUCUGCACAAGAUCUCGGCCACGCUGGACCUGCUUUCCUACAUCCUGCAGCAAACGUUGGUGCUCGAGGAACGCACCGGCUUGAUUAUCCUACUGAAGGAGUAUCAUGAGUUUGAUUUUACCAUUUGGAAGCUGAUCGAUAUGACACACAAUCCCUACUUUAUCCAGAAGAUCUUCACCACGCUGAGUAGCUACAACUUUGCCCUGCUGGUGCAUGAAAAGCUGCUUAAUCCAGAAGCCACAGAGGCACCGGAGGAGUUUACCGAGUUCGGAGUGGCAUUCUUCAAUCUCAUGAAGUUCUGCAUAACCCGCAAAGACGGUGAGGGCUUUGUGAAGAUGGCAGAGCUGAAUCACGUGCUAUGGAAGAAGCUGGGAACUCGAGCACCCAAGGAAAUCGUCAUUCAGCAGGAGCGCGUUUCGUUCGAAAACCAGCUAAUCUGCUUCCACAUGUUGCCGCUGCUAUUCUCCAUGAAGUAUGCUGAAAAAAUGAGCGACGAAGAAAGCAAGGUGGAGUUGUUCGAUGCAUACGUUUUUAAGUUGUUGGAGAUCUCCUGUGAGCAGACCCUGCGCCUGUGCUAUACCAUGCGGGAUACAUUCUUCACAGCCGACGGAAUGGCGUUGGGUCUGGUGACUGCCGGUCUGGCCAACAAGUGCAUACACAGUCUGCUGGCCCUGGAAAAUGUUCUCGAUCGGGAGCAGGCGGUCACUGUGUGCCAGGCUCUACUCUACGUGCUGCGCGAGGCUGUGGCCCUGAGUGUCGUUUCGAACAACCAGCAGGAUGACUGCCACAGUGUAAGCAGCACUGGCAGCUCGUACGUGAAUAUGUUUCCGCAUGGCACAGAGCACGUUGUCAACGAUCCCAAGGUGCUGCACUCUGUCAUGGUGGGCCUUCGCACCCUAAUCGAGCGCUUCAAGAUCACGUGGAAGGAGUCGGUAGAGACCAUUGGUCUUGUUAACUGCUUGGCCUUUGUACUGGAGAACACAAACCUAGAUUCCAGAUGCACUGUUCAGGCAUUGAAGCUUGUCCAGCUUGCUGUGGAGCACUUCCUUUCACCAAACAUGGCUCUUUUGGUGGACAAUCUGCAGGGUUCUGCGUUGGUUUGUUUGGGUCCCAUUAUCGUUAAACGAAUGCACGAUACGAUGUGGGAGGUUCGUGACACAACGCUGGAACUCACCACCUCCAUAGCCAGUAUCUCCCGCAUCAAAUUUCCCGCCUUUCAGCAGUUUCUGAUCGACUCAAAGAUACCCCCCAUAGUCUACGAAAUGGCUAAGAAUGAUUCAGAAGUCUAUGUACGAGCCUCUGCAUUUAAAUGUCUUUCCCAAAUGGUCUCCAUAAAUCUGUUGUGGGAAAAUGGUCUUAGCCAACUCGAUCUUGUUGACCAUCUUUUGUAUGUGAUGUAUCGGGAAAACGAUGAUAUUGUGCGCUCUGAGGCCGUGAUUACGCUGAUGAAGAUCUACGAGCACCGAAAGAUCCACGAAAAGUACAAGAACACUCUCUUCUCAACACUUAACUAUUGCGUGGUUGGGGAUCAUCACGCGGAAGUAAAGCUAAAUGCGCUGAAUUUCUGGCGACGGGAGUUCUACCGUCAGUUCACCAAUCAGGGCAUGAUUGAUGGCUCUUUUCCCACGGUUACAUUUUCCAAGGAGCAGAAGAAGAUAGUCACUCUGACGGAGAAGGAGAUCCAGACUAGCAUAGCCAAAGUAUUCGGAGGUGUACAACAGUACGGAUAUUUUGGCAUCCUGCUUAAGUGUCUGCGAGAGGAGACCUCAAUGGAGGUGCUGGAGUAUCUCAUUAUGGGCGUUAAGAUAAUGACACAGAAGUUCGAGCAAUACAAGGGCAUGAUGGAUGAGAUCGAAAUGAGAUCCCCCCUUUCGGGCAGUGAGCAUUCAACGUUCAGUUUUCCGUCCCAACCGGAACCAUCUCCCAUUCCGCAGCAAGCACCCGUGAAUCCCAGUGAGGCAGACGAGGUCAUCGAGUCUAUACUGAACUCGCAGGAUUCCCAACUCCUGGAGAAGGCUUUCGAGACCCAAAUGCAGAUAAACGAGGCGGGCGGAUCGACUGAGAAGCGGCACAUCGACGAGUUCUACUACAAGCAGUUCGCGAUGCCGCUGCGACAGUUUUUCGAGGAACUAAAGACCAUUGAUCUGGAUCAAUUGGUAAAACAGCACCAGGAGUGGUUCGAGUGCAAGGAGAACUUUACUUCCCUGCUGGAUGAUAUCCUUGGCGCGUUAAAACGCGACGAUGAGAACAUGAUUUCCGACUGUUACUAAUCCCAGGCGAAGCCGAUCUGUGAAGUAAGCUAAAAGUUUUUUUCCUGAUAUAGUAAAUAUUUUUGAUAACUAUGUUAGUGUUGCACACGAAAUGAGAUUUUAUUCCGCCGCCGCAGACAAAAAUAAAGAAAACGUAAACACAGUAAAA